AUGCCUGUUCCUGAGUGCUCAGAAGGAACUGGCACCACACAUCCAGUAGAGCAGCAACUACCAACUCCGCCUUCUUCACAACUACCAGUUUCAUCGACCCAUCAUAACCCUUCUCCUGCCGCUUCAUCCUCUGGGGCUGCAGGAUCAUCAUCCAAUUCUGCAGUGGCCCACUCGACAUCCAAUAAUGUCACUCCUAGUUCAUGCUCAUCUGGGUCAUCCCAGGCCACUGUUGCACAGCCAAACAGCAGGCCCCCUGCUACUAACCCUCAAAGUUCUUUGGUCCCUACUCAGAAUCAAGCCAGCUCAGUUCACCCAGGCCCACCAAAUGCAGUACAACCAGUCCCUACCUCACAACACCGGUUAGCAGAAAGGGCAGCAUUGCAAGCCAGACUACGCAAGUUGGAUGCCGAGGAUGCUGAUAUUUUGGUCCCUCCGGUCAAUUCUCCAUCUGCCCCGCUCCCAGCCAUGUUUGCUAACCCUGCAGUGGUGGAUCAAGCGAGGGUGGCAGCUGUGGCACCGCACAUGGAUUUGAAGAAGAUUUCAUUACCAGACCUGGUACCUAAUUUCAAAGCAAGCCCACUUGAUGCAAUCAUCCCUCCAAGAGUGGAUGAAGCUUUGAAAUAA